GCGUGGGGUCGCAUCGGCCCGGGGCUAGUGUGGCCCGCCGCUCCGCCCGCAGCCAUGGAGCCCGGGCCGCCGGGCAGCUCCAGGCCCACGGAGCCGGGUCCUUGCCUGAGCGCUCAGCGAGGCGCGGACCAAGCGGCUUCCGCCUCCCUGCAGCGCGCGGCUCGGGCCCAGCCCGGGCGCCAGCCGCUCGCCGUGGCUGCGGUGCUGCCGGCCGGGGGGUGCGGGGAGAGGAUGGGCGUCCCCACCCCGAAGCAAUUCUGCCCCAUCCUGGGGAGGCCGCUCAUCAGCUACACCCUGCAGGCCCUGGAGAGAGUAUGUUGGAUAAAGGACAUCGUUGUGGCAGUAACUGGAGAGAACAUGGAAGUAAUGAAAAGUAUUAUUCAGAAGUAUCAGCAUAAACGCGUCUCACUGGUGGAAGCUGGAGUGACCCGCCACAGGUCAAUUUUCAGUGGACUAAAAGCACUGGCGGAAGAUCAGCUCAACUGUAAACUCUCUAAACCAGAAAUAGUGAUUAUCCACGAUGCUGUGAGGCCAUUUGUUGAGGAAGAUAUCCUCCUCAAAGUUGUCACAGCUGCUAAGGAACAUGGGGCAGCAGGAGCCAUUCGACCUCUUGUGUCUACUGUCAUUAGCCCAUCUACUGAUGGUUGCUUAGACCACUCACUGGAACGUGCAAGACACCGAGCAAGUGAAAUGCCUCAGGCUUUUUUAUUUGACGUGAUUUAUGAAGCAUAUCAGCAGUGUAGUGACUAUGACUUGGAAUUUGGAACUGAGUGUUUGCAAUUGGCCCUAAAAUACUGUGGCACUAAAGCCAAACUUGUAGAAGGAUCACCUGACCUGUGGAAGGUGACCUACAAACGAGAUCUGUAUGCGGCUGAAUCGAUUAUUAAGGAGAGAAUUUCCCAAGAGAUUUGUGUAGUUACAGAUACAGAGGAAGAUAACAAACAUGUAAGUCAUCUUCUUGAAGAAGUGCUAAAAAGUGAAUUAAAUCAUGUAAAAGUCACAUCUGAGGCUCUGUGUCAUGCUAGCAGAGAUCUUCAGCAAAUCAUCCUAGAUCAGUGCUACAAUUUUGUUUGUGUGAAUGUUAUGACUUCUGAUUUUCAAGAAACCCAGAAGUUACUGAGCAUGCUUGAAGAAAGUAAUCUUUCCUUUUUAUAUCCUGUUGUUGUCAUUUCAGUUCAUUUUCUUGAUUUUAAAUUAGUACCUCCCAGUCAGAAAAUGGAAAACCUAAUGCUGAUCAGAGAAUUUGCAAAGGAAGUAAAAAAAAGAAAUAUUUGGUUAUGUGGUCUUCUCAUAUCUUACCCACAGGAUGAGCAGAAGCGACAGGAGAGUUUAAGGCAAGGUGCUAUCGUUAUUGCUUCAUUAAUCAAGGAAAGAAACUCUGGUCUCAUUGGUCAGCUACUGAUAGCAUGAAGACCACAGAAAAUUACCUACUUUCUAAAACAUCUACCUGAGUGUUGGCUGUGUGGUGAAAGCCACAGCUGCUGAGUCCACAACAUGCUCCUGUUGAAGUCAUCAGGUUAAAAUGUUUAAGACGUUGAAAAUGCUUAUAAAGGAAGAAGGGGAAAUGUUAUCAAGGCUUUAAAGAGAGGGUAAGUGCCUUUAAGAAGAAUACAGGAAACUGGGCAUAUCUGUGGCACAGCAAAAUCACCCUCAUUUUAGGAGUGCUGGCUAACAUAGACUUCAGCUUAAGGAAUCUUCUAGCAGACAGAGAUUUAUCCCAGAGUACUUACUAUGACAUUACUCUAGUCAACUGAUAACAUUUAGUAUAACUUAGUUAAUAAAAUAUUAAAUGGUGCCUGAAAAAAAUAGCAUUUGGUCCUUUGUAAUUGACAAAGCAAUUCAUAGUGUUUAAAUAUAUUUAUAUAUAUGUAUCUCUCUCUCCACAUCCUUCACUAUUUUGAUGAGGAAAUUGAAGUUCAGGGAUCUUAGUUACCUUGCCAAAAUCAUGUGACUGAAUAGUAACAAAAGCCUGGGCUUAAACCCAGGAAACUGAUAAAUAGUGUUAAGCUCAUAUUCCUGACUAACAGUGACCCCUGGCAAAGACAUCUGAAAGAGGUUGUGAGACACAAGCCAGAGGCGCUGAAUGAGCAUUGGCGAAAUGGACGAGAAGGGUGGGACAAAUAUGUCCAAGGACUAGAUGAAAGUCCUGGAGCUUUUGGCUUUCCAGCCGACUUCCCAACACAAAGAAAUUGCAGCUAAAGUUAAGGGAACAAAGAGAAGUAUUGGCCAAAAGAUAAAUUAUUUUGUUGUUUAAGAGAUCCAGAGGCAACUUUACAAUUAUACUUCUAUCACUGCAUCUGUAAAUUUACUUAAGUAAAAGCCAUCCAUUCUCACUUUAUUUUCCAAAAUCUCUUAAAUAAUAAUAGUGAUUAUACACCAAAGUUUCCGAAAGUGCUUCUACUUGCAGGAAAUUCUGUGGAAAAAUGGUUUUCUUUCUAAAUUAUUGCUAGUUAAAUGCAAAUUAAAGUUAGUCAUCUUAGGAAGUCAUUGCAGUGUGAGCAGUGGUUUGAUUAAUGACAUUUCGGUGAAAGCUUUUUUUUUUUUUUCAUAAAAGUGCUCAACUUGAGAUGACAUAUUACAAGUACACUCAUCUACAGGUAAGAGUCAGUUCCCUGUAUCUCUCAGAUUCGUUGUUUUGGUUAUUUUAAGCAUUUUGCAGUGAUUUAACAAAUAUUUUUAUUAACUUACUAUUUCAACUUCAUGUAAAUAGAGUGAUCAUCUUAUUAAAAUUAAACUGCCAAAUGUUUUCUUAAAAUCUGUAAAUUUCACUUUGUUUUAAUGUUGAAACUACAAAUUCACAGAGGCAUAAAUCAUAACAUCUUAAUUAAAAUGUCAACCAUAUGCAAGAAGAAAAAUGGAAGUUAUUUAGAAAGUUUAAUUUGAAAAUAGAAUAAUGAAGCAUUUUAAUUUAUACAGGAUUUGUUAAUAUGGCUUAAAAAUCAGUGGACUAAAGGGCUGUGUAGGUGGUGGUUGGAAUUGUAGUUGCAUUUAUAUGUGUUCUUAUUAAGCUCAGUUUCAAAAUUGUAAAAAGCAUAUGCAUAUUUUUAAGGUGACAUUGAAAAAGUAUUAUAAAGAUUCUAAAUAUUUUGUUUUUACAAAACAAAAUAUAAGUAAAUAAAAUAUUGAUUUA